AUUUUUUCUUUAUUACAAAAUCUUGGUGCUGAUGAAAGACCAGAGGUUAGGAACUCUGCUGUUCGGACACUUUUCCAAAUUCUUGGCAGCCAUGGACAAAAGCUUUCAAAGAGCAUGUGGGAGGAUUGUCUAUGGAAUUAUGUUUUACCUACAUUAGAUCGCUCUUCUCACAUGGCUGCAACAUCUUCAAAGACAGAAUGGCAGGGAAAAGAACUUGGAACACGUGGAGGGAAAGCAAUUCAUAUGCUCAUACACCAUAGUCGUAACACAGCUCAGAAACAAUGGGAUGAGACACUUGUGCUUGUACUUGGGGGCAUAGCUCGAAUUCUACGUUCUUUUUUUCCUUUCUUGAGAAGCUUAGAGAAUUUCCAGUCUGGAUGGCAGACAUUGCUUCUUUUUGUAAGAAACAGCAUAUUUAAUGGUAGUAAAGAAGUUGCUCUCGCAGCUGUAAAUUGUUUACAGUCCACCAUAGUUUCUCAUUCCCCAAAGGGAAAUCUGCCUAUGCCUUAUCUUACUUCGGUGCUUGAUGUCUAUGAGCUUGUGAUGCACAAGUCACCAAACUACAACGGGAAUAUGGCAUACAAGUUGAAGCAGGAGAUCUUAUAUGGUCUUGGUGAAUUGUAUGUUCAAGCGCAGGGAAUGUUUGAUAAUGGUACGUACCUAAAGCUGCUGUCAGUUGUAGAUUCAGGGAUUAAACAAGCCAAGGUCGCUAAUAGUAACGGUGAAGCUGAAUAUGGUCAUGUUCCACCUUUACAACGUACUGCACUUGAAAUACUGCCACAGUUGCGUCCAGCAGAACACCUUUCUGCAAUGUGGUCAUCGCUGCUUGCAAAAUUAUUGCUGUAUCUUCCAAGCUCUGAUUCCUGUAUGGACAAAAUUGAAGAUGAGAACGACCAGGAGACCAGGAUCAAUGAUGAUGCUGAGGUCAGUAAUGGAGUUGCUUCAGAAUCCCAAAGGGUAGAAGCUUCGCCUAAGAGUCCUGAAUCAACUACAGUGCCAAGUAUCUCAAAUCAUCUUUUCGCAGAAAAACUUGUUCCCGUGUUAGUGGAUCUCCUCUUGCAGGCUCCACCUGCUGAGAAGUACAAAAUUUUACCUGAUAUUAUUCAAUCUUUAGGAAGAUGUAUGAUAACAAGAAGAGACAAUCCUGAUGGCUCACUUUGGAGACUAGCAGUUGAAGGUUUUAUUCGCAUUCUGCUCGAUGAUGUCAAAAAACUGACAGAGAAAGCAGGGCCAGAGUUGACUAUUACCAGACCUGCAAGAAUGCGUAUUUGGAAAGAAGUUGCUGACAUUUUUGAGAUAUUUCUAAUAGGCUACUGUGGUCGUGCACUUUCAGUGACGGUAGACAGUGCUGAUGAGUCUCUUGAGAUGAAUCUCUUGGAUAUUCUUGGAGACAAAAUUCUCAAAUCACAGACUGAUGCACCUCUUGACAUUCUGGAACGUCUAAUCACCACUCUGGAUCGGUGUGCAUCACGUACAUGUUCCUUGCCGCUUGAGACUGUCGAACUGAUGCCUUCACAUUGUAGCAGGUUCUCCCUGACCUGUUUGCAGAAGCUGUUUCUUCUGUGCAGUUUCAGCCAUGGAACUGGUGAAUGGACUUCAACUAGAUGUGAAGUUAGCAAUAUCUCAAUAAAAUUAUUAAUGACCAGAUGUGAGUUCAUUCUGGGAAGGUUCUUGAUGGAUGGGAGCAGAUUAGGAGAAAAUCCAUUGCCAGCAGCACGUGUGGAAGAAGUUAUCUUUGUCCUCCAAGAGCUUGCACUUCUUGUGGUUCAUUCAGACACUGUAUCCCAACUUAAUUUACAUCCAUACUUAAAAGAAGGCCUCACAGGAGAGAAUCAAGCAAGGCGCACGCAUUUACUUGUUCUUUUCCCAUCCUUCUGUGAACUUGUCAUAUCAAGGGAAGCCAGAGUGAGAGAGUUGGUGCAAGUAUUGCUGAGACACAUCAUAGUUGAGUUGGGACUACAGAAGUCUACUUGAGCAAUUUGAAAGAAACAGAAAAGGUUGGCAUUUUCUCACAGUUGGCUCCUAAUUUGUCCAUACGAGUCUAUUAUAUGAGGAAAUUUUUGGUCUUUCUCCAAUUUUUGGUGUUUCAUAAUGUAUAUCUUUGUGCAUUAAGCCAAAAUGAAGAACUCGAGAAAACACGGUUGGUGUCGAAACCGAGAAACAUUCUUGUACAUUAUUUAUGUUUUUUUGUCCUAUAACUCGAUUAGGUGGUGUCCUUAUUCUAGCA